AUGAUAGGAAAAUUUGAUGAUGUUAUGGCAGAUCACAUAAAUCGCAUUCAACAAUCAGUUGCUUUAAAGAACCAUAUGCCACAUUAUGCGGGAAAUCGCUUCCAAAAUGAAAUAAUUAGUAUCCUUGCAGCGCAAAUUCAAAAAUAUAUUUUGUCAGCAAUAAAAGACGCCAAAUAUUUUUCAGUAAUUUUGGAUUGUACGCCGGACAUGGGACAUGUCGAGCAAAUUACAAUAAUUUUGAGAUAUGUGCAUAUUCAAAAUGACGAAGUAGAAGUGAGAGAAAAUUUCGUUGGUUUUUCUCCAGCUCAAAAAAGUACUGGAGAAGCUUUUUACGACUUUUUAAUUGAAAAAUUAAGCUCUCUUAAAUUAAAUGUUAACGAUAUGAGAGGCCAGGGGUAUGAUAAUGGAUCAAAUAUGGCUGGAAAACAUAUUGGAUUGCAGAAACGAAUUUUGGACAAUUAUCCACGAGCUUUGUUUAUGCCAUGCAACGCGCAUACAUUAAAUUUGGUCGUCAAUGAUGCAGCGAAAGUUUCUUUUUCAACUGUGGAUUUUUUUAGUAAUGUGUCAGCAAUAUACAAUUACUUUUCCGGAUCACCUUUUCGAUGGCAAAUUUUAAAAAAACAUGUAAAAUCGUUAACAGUAAAACAAGUUAGCGUAACCCGGUGGGAAUCAAGGAUUAAGGCGAUUAGACCACUGCGUCAUGAAUUAGGUGAAAUUUAUGACAGCCUAAUAGAACUAGCGGAAGAAUGUUCAACACCAAUAGGUCAACAUGAAGCUAAAUGUUUGGCAAUGAAAAUUAAAUCGUACAAAUUUAUUUGUUCCACAGUAAUAUGGUACGAAAUCUUAGAAAAACUGAAUGUGAAAGUUACAGAACUUACGACCGAAGUUAUGGAACUUAAGAAAGAAAAUAUUGAAUUAAAACGAACAGUUGAUAAUCAAAAGCAAUUAUUUAAGAAUAUAGAUUCUAAGCAACGUAUGAAGAAUAUUAUUGUAUUUGGUAUACCAGAAGAAAAUGACGAAGACGUAGAGAAAAAAUUUAUUACUGUAAUUCAGGAAAAACUACAAAUAAAUGUUGACGCUAAUGAAAUUGAUGACAUAUUCCGUCUGGGUAUUAAAUCGAAAAUAGAAGAUAAAGAAAUUUUAGCUUAUUUAGGGAACUUUGAUAUCGUUAUGCUUGAGGAAAAUUGGUUAAGCUUUGAUGAUUAUGAUAAACAAUUUUUACCUUGUUUUGUGGGCUUUCAUAAAUGUAAAUUAAAAACAAAUAAAAUGGGAAGACAACCAGGCGGUGUUGCGAUUUACGUAAACAAAAAGUUACUGUCAAAGGUAAUGGUCAUUGAAAAUGAGUAG